GCGCGCGGCGACAGCGGCAGCGGCAGCGGCGGGGGCGGCAGCGCGCGGCCGCCCCGCAGGGCCGCGGCAUGGGACGGGUGCAGCUCUUCGAGGUCCGCCUGAGCCACGGCCGCGUCGUCUACAGCCCGGGGGAGCCGCUGGCGGGGGCCGUGCGCGUGCGUCUGGCGGCGCCGCUGCCCUUCCGAGCUAUCCGGGUGACCUGCACGGGGUCCUGCAAGGUCUCCAGCAAGGCCAAUGACACAGCGUGGGUGGUGGAGGAGGGCUACUUCAACAGCGCUCUGUCCCUGGCCGACAAGGGGAGCCUGCCUGCUGGAGAGCACAGCUUCCCCUUCCAGUUCCUGCUUCCUGCCACAGCUCCCACGUCCUUUGAGGGCCCUUUUGGGAAGAUUGUGCACCAGGUACGGGCCACCAUCGACACACCACGUUUUUCCAAGGAUCACCAGUGCAGCCGCGUGUUCUACAUCUUGAGCCCCCUGAACCUGAAUAGCAUCCCAGACAUCGAGCAACCCAAUGUGGCCUCCACCACCAAGAAGUUCUCCUACAAGCUGGUGAAGACAGGCAGCGUAGUCCUCACCGCCAGCACCGACCUCCGAGGCUACGUGGUGGGGCAGGUGCUGCGGCUGCAGGCUGACAUUGAGAACCAGUCAGGCAAGGACACCAGCCCUGUGGUGGCCAGUCUGCUGCAGAAAGUGUCCUAUAAGGCCAAGCGCUGGAUUUAUGACGUGCGGACCAUCGCCGAGGUGGAGGGCGCCGGCGUCAAGGCCUGGAGGCGGGCUCAGUGGCAAGAGCAGAUCCUGGUGCCUGCCCUGCCCCAGUCCGCCCUGCCGGGCUGCAGCCUCAUCCAUGUGGACUACUACCUGCAGGUCUCCCUGAAGACGCCGGAAGCCAUCGUGACCCUCCCGGUCUUCAUCGGCAACAUCGCUGUGAACCACAUCCCACUGAGCCCCCGGCCAGGCCAAGGCCUGGUGGUGCCCUCAGCGCCACCCCAGGAGGAGGCGGAGGCUGUGGCUGGUGGCCCCCACUUCUUCUCGGACCCUGUCUCCCUCUCCACCAAGAGCCACUCACAGCAGCAGCAGCCGCCUGCAGCCCUCGGCUCUGUGCCUGGCGCCCCUGAACCCCAUCCUCAGGAUGGUAGCCCUGCCCCCCACCCGUUGCCCCCUCCCUUGUGCAUCUCCACAGGUGCCACCGUGCCCUACUUUGCAGAGGGUUCUGGAGGGCCGGUGCCCACGACCGGUACCUUGAUCCUCCCGCCUGAGUAUAGCUCGUGGGGCUACCCCUAUGGUGAGUGGGGGCCUGGGGCCUGGCAGGGAGGGGGAGCCACGGGCCCCAUGCAGACCUGGCUCUCUCCCUGCAGAGGCCCCGCCAUCCUAUGAGCAGAGCUGUGGCGGUGUGGACCCUGGCCUAACCCCAGGGAGCUGACCCCAUGUCGCCUUCUCCGGACGGGCGGACCUACGCCCUGGGACUAGGCUCCCAGGGCCUCGUGCCUUCGCUCCCGGCCUGGCCCGGCCCACUCAGGACCCGCCGCUGCCCGCCGUUCCCUGCGGCCUCUGCCUCCGGACCAGCUUCUGCCCCGACCAGCCUCCGCAGCCCCCCUGUAGUCGGCCUCUCCCCGGGGGUUGGGGCCUAGAGAGACUUGGUGUAAAUAAAAAGCUUCAUUUGUA